GGUAACGCCAGGUCACCAGCUGGCGAAGAUCACAUUCGUGUGGACCAUGGCUGACAAGGAGUGUCGGGGAGAAACCGUGUGGGUACAACAACAGAUCCGACUGACGGACAGGGGCCGGGGAUGUCACCACAUCACACCAGACGUGGAGCAAGCUCUGGAGCAGACCAUGGGCCUCAGGAAGUUUGACGUCGGCGUGGCGCACAUCUUCCUUCAAGCUUCCAGUGCUAGUCUUGCACUAUCUGAUAGAUUUGACCCAGCAGCAAGAUAUGACACAGAGGCUGCUCUGAGUUCUCUGAUACCUGAGAAGUCAGAUAUAUGGACUCGCAUCUGUGAAGGUUCUGACGAUAUGCCUGCCCUGGUAAAGAAUUGCCUGGUUGGCUGCAGUCUGUCCAUCCCCAUAACUAGUGGGAUCCUCAACACUGGGCAUGGACAAGGCAUCUGGCUCCUGGAGCACAAGAACUUUGGAGGUGGCAGGAAACUGGUGAUCACAGUCCAGGGCAUGUACAAGCCUACCUUCAACAAGCCUCUUGGGACUCUGGGUCUAUAGUUCAUCACAUGCUGCAGCUAAUACAUGAUUCAUUUUCUUCCAAGUGUUUCAUACAAAUGGCAAUCAACAGUAAAUAUAUAAACUAUGUUAUAGACGGAUGUAGCCUUGCCAAAGUAUCAUAGCCAUAUUGUUUUCUUACAAAUAAAGUUUGAUUCCAAUCUGUUUUCAAA